AUGUUACCAGAAAAGACGGAUCCCGGUUCCGCGCGGAGGACCAGGAAAUGGGCAACCAAGACCCGUACGGGCUGCAUCACUUGCAGAGAUGCGUCUCCACCGGCCGCGACUGCGAAGGCUACACCGUCAUCAGGACCACGCAUCUUGAUACCACCACUAUCACCACCACCUCCUCCGCCUUCUCCUCCAUCUACCACCAGCCGAUCCCCAUACGAGCGCUUCGCCCUCGCCCAGUCCCAGGCCGCCAUCGUCGCCCUGCUCGCGCUCACCCGCCGGUCGGCGGCCCAUGAAGGAGGGAGAGGGGGGGGAGGGCUCACAGACCCAGACAAGGAGGCCAUCUUGCUGGCGUGCACGCUCUUCACGGGCCUGUGCUGCCUGCAGGAGGACUACGAGCAGGCCGCGCAGCACGCCAAGGCUGGGAACCGGCUGUACUGGCGGUGGAAGUACUGGAGGCACAGCGACGACGAGGAUGAGGAGGUGCAGGAUGAGGAGGAUGAUGACGAUGACUUCACCUGCACGACGCGAGACUACCGCGCGGACAACCACGGCGCCCGAAGACCCGGCUGCGUCCUCACGACAAAGUCCCUGACUGCCGUCUUCACUCACUUCGAGAUGCAGUUUUGCAGCCGCUUCCUCAGCAUCGACAUCCCCGAGUGGCGCUGGCGCGACCGCGCCCACCGCUGCUCCCCCGCGCCCUUCGCCGGCGCCGCCGACGCCUACACCGAGCUCCAGCCGCUGCUGACCGGCUACUGCCACCUAGGACGCUGGCUGAGCGUCCCGCGCGCCCCCGCCGAGCUGGUCACCGUCGGCCACACCGUCGCCGCCUACGCCCGCGAGAUGCUGACUUGGCGAGCCAAGUUCGCCGCCCUCCUCGACCACCAAGGCGCCUCGCUGUCCACGCUACCACCACCGCCGUCGGACGAUGACGAGCACGAGGAGGACGAGGAGGCGUAUCGCAUCCUGUGCCUGCGGCUGCUGUGGAUGGCCCUCGAGACGUGCUUCGACCAAACCGAGGCCACCGGCGAGAUGGUCUGGGACGAGCGCACGCCCACCCUCGAGCGCGUCACCACCUUUGCCGAGACGCACUUUGCUGCGCGGUGGCACCGCCGCCGCCGGCCGUCACCGUCACCGUCACCGUCACCCCCGACAGCGACGACAAACCGCAGCUUCACCUUCUCCUUCGUCAUGAGCGCCUGCGAGGUCCUCACCUGGAUCGGCACCAACUGCCGCGACGGCGGCGUCCGUCGGCGCCUCAUCGCGCUGCUGCACGGCUGGCCCGAGCGCGACGGCAUAAUCGACCCGCGCCUGCUCGCGCUGGUCGUCCACACGGUCAUGGUCCUCGAGGAGAACGCGACGACGGGCAUGCAGGCGCCGCACGAGGGCUGCGCGUGCGAGCCGGGCGAGGACGGCGCGGAAGGUGGCGGCGGCAAGUUCAUCUGCGCGCUCCACAGGGUGUGCCUUAUCGACACGCAGUUCUUGGGCGAGCGCAGCGCGACUAUUGUGCUGACGACGACGGGCAUGCUCAAGGACGGGCUGCCGCCGUACGAGACGAGCGUGAGCUGGUAA